CGGGUCGUAGCCACCUGUCCAGGGUAGUCCAGUCUAAAUGUGGAAAAUUUCCAACACAACCAGAAAUUGAAAGCUGCUCAAUAAGUAUCUGGGAAACUAUAUCCCUAGAGGUGCCAGGAAUCCGAUUAUAGUAUAAAACAAGAGCGCAGCAGGAGAGGAUGCACAAGCAACGUUCACCCUUCAAUGGAGGCCCGGGAGGAUUCGGAGCCAGUGCCUUCAACUUCAAUGCACCACAGUUCGGCGACGCCGCUGGGUUCUCCGAGGGUCUCAACGGGAUGCCCUUUCUGGGCAAGAUACCCCCCAAACCGAUGAUGCGCUCCAUUAGCCGCCAGCGCUCUCUGGUCGAUGGGGCUGGGCUACCCAGGAUGCCGUCACCUCUUCCCGCGAUGGCCCAGCAAAUCUUGAGCGGAGCCGGAGUGGGACAUGGCCAACGCUUCCCAGUGCCACCCAUUUCCAGUUACUAUGGACACUACGAGGGCGACCUUUCGAUGUCUUCACUGUCGAAGCUAAAGAACACCCCCUCACCCCCUCAGACCCAAUGGCAGGAGCAUGAAGCACCGCGUCUAGCCGCACUUUCAGAAACCGACUCCGAGAGCGACCUAUGCAGUCAGCAGACGAGCGCAAAAUUGUCUGUAUCCCGCUGGCGCCGUGCCAUCAACUACGUAACGUCCACUAUGCCGGAGCAGCGUCGCCAACGCCUGGAGGUGAUAAUCAAUCGCUGUGGACAGUCGGCUAUCGCCAAGCAUCUUCUGUUGCUGCUGCAUCUGAUCGCCCUGGUGGUAGUUGUGUGUUUCCGACAGGUCGCGCGACUUGGAUGGCUCUGCGGCGACAUUCGCUAUCGCCUGGGACGCACCAAGUACCAGUUGCGCAGCUACCUGCGCCAGAUGCUGUGGCGGCUGGCCAUUGCCAAGGGCAACGACACCUUUCUCUUUCUCAUCGUGGUGCUGGUGACGCCCUGGCUAUUCCUUCUCAGCCUUGUGGGCUUCGCCAUAUCCUUCGUCUUUUCCAUGAGGACCGCGUUGGCAGGGGGUGUCAGUCAUCUCCACCGGCGCUUAUUUUAGACCAUAAGUGGAGGGAAAAGGCUGGAGGAGCAGCACCCAGAAGCUCCUUCGCCCCAAGUAUUAGACUGACUUUUCACACAAUGACACUAAAGCAGCGCAUUCCACAAAAUAACACAAGACACAGAAAGAUGAAACCACCUGAAUUUUAACUAUAUUUUGUGUUGCAGCA